CAUCCCUCUACUUUUUAUUUCCAUAAUGUGUUUUGUUGUGUUUUACUUAUUCUUAGAAAUUUGUCUACUAUUUGCUGUGACUCUUUGAGGAAGCUCAUGGCGGUGAGAAAGAGGUCCCUUUCUUGGUUUACAACUAAGGAAAUCUAUGCUGGUCUUGGAAAGGGAUGGAGUCCUUUACUCAGCAAGCUUAGAUUUAUGAGUUUUAUUGGUAUGGUUAGCUUGGUUUAUUCACAACUAAGUUUGUCUACUAUUUGCUGUGACUCUUUGAGGAAGCUCACGGUGGUGAGAAAGAGGUCCCAUUCUUGGUUUACAACCAAGGAAAUCUAUGCUUUGUCUUGGAAAGGGAUGGAUUCCCUUACUCAGCCACCUCCUGGAUCCUCUCUAUCUUAGUUUGUUUUUAACUGUUUUCACUCGGAAAACCACAAAAAUAUGUUUUGCUGUUAAAUGUUUCUCUAAUGAUGGAAGCCAUUAGGGAGUUGAUAAGAUGGUUACUCUUGGUGCGAAGCUCUUGCUAUUAUAUUUUGACCCAAAUUAUGUUAUUUUCAGCAUUAGGUUAAGAUUGUUGCUUGUGUCUGUUUUGUUGUUUCCUUAUUAAGAGAAAGAAGUGUUGGUGGAUGGGUUGGUGCAUGUUCAGAGAUGGUAGUAUGGUGUAGGCUGGUGGAGGCUGGUGGAGGGGAGUAAGGCUGUGGAAGGGGUUUUCUUCCCACUUAAUGGUACCGACUCUUCUCUUAGGCGAUGCUACUUCUCCAAGCACCACCAGAAUCAUCAUCAAACUCAGAUCUGUUUCUCAGUUGGUGUUCCAUGGCAAGAGGUAGCUAGUUCAGGCAGAUUGCUGAAGGAUCUAUUCUGGAUUUGCAGCUGUGAGACUUGUGGCCCCAUCUCUUGUCUCUCUUCUUCACUGUUUGAAGAGCGGAGCAAAAGCCAAGCUUUUGAUAAGCUUCUUUGUGGGGUUUGUGCUGUUGACAUCCUUUCUGGUGUUGCCUUGCCUACUUAUUUUCUAUGUUUUGUUUUCUGGUGGCUCGUUACUAUGUUCUUGUGUUUAUGUUGGUAGUGGUGUGGAUUCUGUUACUUGUUUGGUUUGCAUUAACUUUUGUGUAAAACUUUGAUUUUCACUUUUAAUAGAAAUAUGACAGUUUA